AUGACCAAGAAAAGUGUUCUUGAUCUCCGGGACCCUGCCAUGGCUUAUCGUCUGUCUGCUCGGCGCCUCGAGGAGUCGUACAGUUACAGUCCAGCUGCUUCAGCUUCCCCUGGAAAGAGCACUGUCUCCCCAGAAGACUAUACCAAACCAUACUGUGAUUUUAUGACUGCCAAUCCCACUAUUUUCCAUGCGGUCGACAGUUUUACGCGACAACUGGAGAGGCACGGUUAUCAACGCCUACCAGAACGGGAGCCCUGGACCUCCAGACUAGAACGAGGGGGUAAAUACUACUGCACGCGGAAUUCCAGCGCAUUUAUUUCCUUCUCCAUUGGCAAGGACUACCAAAGUGGCAAUGGCAUGGCUAUUAUCGCCGGCCACAUAGAUGCCCUCACCGCCAAAUUGAAGCCCGUCUCCAAGCUCCCCACGAAGACGGGCUUCCUCCAGCUCGGGGUAGCCCCGUACGCCGGCGCGCUGAGCGAUACCUGGUGGGAUCGCGACCUUUGUAUUGGAGGUCGUGUCCUGGUGUGCAACCCAUCCAGCGGCAAGGUCGAGUCCAAACUCGUCAAAUUGGACUGGCCAAUUGCCCGGAUCCCAACCCUUGCUCCCCAUUUUGGAGCUCCCGCGCAGCCACCCUUCAACAAGGAGACCCAAAUGGUCCCCAUCAUCGGCAUUGAUAACUCCGAUCUUUUCCACCAGCAGAUCCAGUCCGCAUCUGCUGCUGCCAGCGGGAUCGAGCCGGGCACAUUUGCGGCCACGCAGCCAGAGAAGUUGGUCAAGGUGAUCUCGGCCGAGCUAGGUAUCACGGACUACAGCACGAUCCUGAGCUGGGAGCUUGAGCUCUACGACAGUCAACCAGCGCGAGUCGGUGGCCUCGAGAAGGAUUUCAUCUUUGCCGGUCGGAUCGAUGACAAGCUCUGCUGCUAUGCUGCUCAGGAGGCUCUCAUAGCUUCCGCUGACGAUACGUCAACCGGGUCCGUCAAGAUGGUAGGCAUGUUCGAUGACGAAGAGAUCGGCAGCUUGCUUCGCCAAGGAGCACGAUCCAACUUCAUGAGCAGCGUGAUUGAGCGCAUCACGGAGGCCUUCGCGCCGACGUAUGGACCCAAUGUAUUAUCACAGACCGUCGCCAAUAGCUUCUUCGUCUCCUCGGAUGUCAUCCACGCUGUGAACCCGAACUUUGCCAACGUCUAUUUGGAAGACCACGCGCCUCGUCUGAACGUCGGCGCGGCCGUCUCCGCCGAUUCAAACGGCCACAUGACGACGGACAGUGUGAGCUACAGCUUUAUGAAGCGCAUUGCCGACCGCUGCGAUUCAAUCUUGCAGGUCUUCCAGAUCCGGAAUGAUUCCCGUAGCGGGGGGACGAUUGGACCGAUGACCAGCGCUCGCAUUGGCAUGCGAGCCAUUGAUGUAGGGAUCCCCCAGCUGAGCAUGCACAGCAUCCGCGCUACAACCGGUAGCUUGGACCCCGGCUUGGGGGUGAAGCUAUUCAAGGGUUUCUUUGACCAUUUCGAGGAAGUUGAUAAGGAAUUUGCCGACUUCUAA